CGCCACCAAUUCUCUCUUUCUGUGCGCGCUCCACGCGCUGCCCCGAACCGCACCGUUCCGCGCGCAUGAAGGCGAGAUAAUAGACUAUUAGUGGAAGUGGAAUUAAUUUGUAGCAUAUUACAAGCCGUGGAACUGAAUAGGCAUCCAUAACUAAGAGAGGAGAUAGGCGUGCACAUACAAAAACACUCACACGCCGACUCACGCGCGCGAGGAAAUGAGAGGAUAGAGGCUAAAAAAACAAAAAAAAGAAGGUGAGAGUUGCACAAGCAGAAGGGGGUAUCUUAACUAAUGGGGGGAGAGAGAUAGAAAUGGCGCGAGCUAGUUUUAACUAUUAGAGAAAGAUCAGAGUCUGUCCCGCCUUCAACUCCUGACAGGCUUCCAGAGCACGCACACACCGGUGAGCAGACAGAGCGCGCGAGGCUGGAGGUCGGCACGCAGAGCGCUGUUGUUUGUGUGUGUGUGUGUGCCAGCAGCGGCAUAACGGCGCCGUACGAUUUAGACACUCAGAUCAGCGGAGACGUCGUGUGUUUCUGCCGUGGAUGCGGAGGAUGAACGUAAAAGAAGCAGAGAGGAGACAGACGGAAGAAGUUUAAACUUUGACGGGCAGAUAAUCGCGCCGCAGUUGCUUGUCUGUCCGGACCCUUACAGAUGGAAAAGUUUACCGGCUGAAGAUGUCGCCGCAGCCUGAACGCUGACCGAGCUCCGUGUGAAUUCGUUAUUUUGACAUGAGUGUCACGCGGUCAUUUUAAAGCGAUUUGUCUGAAUCGUUUCAACUUAACAUAGCAAUUACAUUUAAUACGGAUUCUGAAUAACGAGGCGAAAUGGGAAAGAAAGAGUAAGUCGAUGAACCGGGAAAGAGCGGUACCGGGGCCCGGAGCGGAAGGAGUCCAGACUGUCAUCAGCCAAAACAGAGCCACUGCGGGGCCGGUAACAGACGCGGUCCAGCCUGCGAUGAACCGGGACAGAGUGGUAUCGACGCCCGGUGGCGACGGGAUCCAGACCAUGGUGAACCAGGACAGCGGAGACCUGCUGGACGGAGGUGCUGCCGGGGAGAAGCGGCUCUUCUCCAACGCAGUGCCCGGAGGCAGAGAUGCACAAGUCGUCGAGAACCACACGGAACCGCCGCCAACUAACCCGGUGUUAGUCCCUCCUCAGCAGGGACCCGGACACCGGACAACCUCUUUCUCCGUUCUGGACAUCCUGGACCCAAACAAGUUCACGAGCAGCCGGCGACACCAGCAACAGCAGCACGCGAGCCACCGAGGAGAGCGCGAGCUGGGCUUCUACGGUUCGGAGAACUGCAGGGGAGGAGAAGCGGAGCAACACGAGCCCAUUCUGGAGUCCAGCAAAGGCUGCUACGGUUCCGACGACUAUCAGAGCAAGGACGCCUUUGUAUAUAAUAGAAGCCCAGAUGAGGAUGACUACCACCGAUCAGGGACCCCAGACUCAGAGGCUCCAGAUGGCCCCUACAGCAGUGAGGAGAGCAGCUCAGCUCUGCCCAGUAAUGGAGACAGAGAUCUGGGCCAGCACAGUCUUCAGGAUUCAUCUAGGGACACUAAGAGCCCAGAAGAAGGUGCAGGCCAGAUCAACAUGCAGACCAAUGCAGGCCAGGGGCCUAAGCCCAAGAGGAAGCGUUCUGGCUCAGACUCCAAGACAGGGAAGCCCCGAAGAGCCCGGACUGCCUUCACCUAUGAGCAGCUGGUGGCUCUAGAGAAUAAGUUCAAGUCCACACGCUACCUUUCAGUUUGUGAGCGGCUUAACCUGGCCCUGUCACUGUCCCUCACGGAGACCCAGGUCAAGAUCUGGUUCCAGAACCGCCGGACCAAGUGGAAGAAACAGAACCCGGGGGCCGACACCUCGGCUCCCACAGGGGCAGGAGGUGCCGGUGGGACGGGAGCAGGCGGAGGGGCAGGAGGCCUGGGGAGCCUCAGCCCUCUCAGCCCAUCCCCUCCAGUUAGUGGGCACCUAGCCAUGCACGCUGGGUAUGCUGGCCACCACCAUCCCCCCACCAGCAGCUUGGUCCAGCUGCCUUUUCUUACCGCCAGCCACGUCCUGUCCCCCUUUAUGCUGGGGACUCAGAGCUACGCUACACCUGCUUUCUACAGCACGCACCUGUAGACACCCCAGGAUACAUCCCCCAGAGACUCACUAAGCCGUGGGGGGUAUGGAUGAACUGCAGCGCAGCAGACUGACAGUCAGUGCUCAGCUUCACUUCGUUUUUUAAUGCCAACAUUUGAGGGCUUUGAUUUCAACUGAUUAUUUUGAUAGAAUGUCAAUCAAUAUGUACCAGAAACUUUACAAAUCUAUGUUCUAGCUCCUUUUCUGAAUGCUGUUCCAAACCAUGCACUAGACAAAUAGUUGAUUUCUUUGUUUAAAAAAGUCUGUAUGAAUAUGGAUGUUUAUUUAUUACUAAAGGAAUGUCUCGAUCUAUUGUCGGUACCAUGUAACUCCUAAUGUGGUUGUUUUCAUUUGGAUUAUUUCUGUUAUUUAUUGAAUUUGUUGACAGUUCUCUUAAAAGUCUUGGAUGUACUGAAUUCUCAGCUCAACAAAACAUCGUCUUUGAUAUGAAAAUAAUCACAAUUAAAGAUUGUAAACAAGC